GUCAUGUUCAUCUUCUCCAGCUGGCAUCAACAUCGAGUCAGGCUUAGUCAUGAAACUCCUUGAACUGCCUCCCGAGCUCUUCUCUCAGAUCGUCCAUGAGCUUGUUUUGGAAGUUGGUGUUUGCGAAGCCUUUCAAUACCGGCUUACUUGUAGGUCAUUCGCCAGGUUUCUCUACAAGGAGAUUAUUUUCUACCAACCCGAUCAGUCUUACUAUGACCACUUCCUCCGCUGGCCACGAGAAGGCCUGACUUGGGGCCAACGACCCACCCUUAGCGAGCUAGUCAAGAAGUUUGGUGCAACAAUACUGGCUGCCAGGCUCAUCGCACCAUACGGUUUUGGAGGUAUUCUUGUGGCGUGGCUCACGUCAGUUGUGCAGGAGACGUCGCGAUUUGAUGAUGGUGUCUCAACUUUCACCAAAGAACAGUGUUCAGCAAACAUCUGCAACGCGUUGGGGCCAUGCGGGGUUCUCUACGACUAUCUUACGAACAAGGGGCUGGUCAUACCGAAGGAAUAUCAUGGCUCUGUACCAGCGGCGGCAGCAGCAGCGUCUGGAAAUGUCGCAGCGUUGCGCAAGAUCCUCCUUGACAACGUGAAGCGCGGAGUUCCGCUGCGACCCCUAGGUGCCUCAAUUGUUGUGGCUGCAGUCUCAGGGCAAGCCGACGUCCUGAGAGAGCUGCUGCUAUAUGCAGGCAGCAUUAUCAAACCCCCAGCCUCGUUAUUGAAUGGUGCCAUGAAGGCGGUGAUUCGUCAAAAUCACUUGGAAUGCGCGGAGUUGUUGUUCUCCUAUCAACAAUCUACUAACCUAUGUAUAAUAACCAUGCGCUCUUACCAGAAUGACUGUUUUGUCACGGGAUCACGCCAGAUGCUUGACAUCAUCCAGAAGGAAAAACGCCAACCGAAUUUUUCCCUCCACCUCGAUGAAUUACAGAAGAUAAAUGCGCUUUCGAAGGCUACACCAGAGCUCUUUCGUUUGCUCCUCCAGGAUGGCCUCAUCAAACCGAACUCCGCCUUAGACAUAUAUUGCGGCCAUAAAACCGCUUUGGGGGUCGCAUUGUCAAACGAUCGAUAUGAUAUUGCACGCAUGCUCAUCGAGCAUGGUGCAGACGUAAACAUGAGACCACCAUCAGCACCACUCGGAGUGACGGCGCUUUGGCAUGCGUCGAACGACGGAGACAUAGAUGCGGUCAGAUUUCUUCUUGAUCAUGGUGCCGAGAUAGGCUAUAAGACUGGCGACUCGUGUUGUCCGAUAGAGGCAGCUACAGAGCGCGGCCAUACUGAGAUACUCGCGUUGCUCCUCGAUGCGAAGGCAGCCCGCAACUCCGACUAGAUACUGUGAGAGUUGCGCGAUGCACAGUUGGUUAGCCUCAGCUAAGUCGAGGGUACAGGUGACAAACAUUUGGCGUGUCAAGGUCGUCUGAAUUGAUGCGUGGCUCUUCCAGCCUCCUUCUCCCUGCACUGAGGUUGGUUCGUCUUUAGUCAUUCUCGGUAGCCUGGAGCGAAUCUACUCGUGGUAUUUACUUUUCACACUAAUUGUUUUCUUCCCAAAAGAGUUUUGGUCAUCAUGAGGACCAUGGAGUAUAGAGGGGGGUGGAUAAAGAUGUGUUGCAAAUCUUGAUUCCUCAAAUAACAAUGAACUCGCCAG